AUGUCUGAAGUUACCCUUUAUGUCAAACAUAAGGGAACUGAUCUUCUUAUAGUUUCUCUUUAUGUUGAUGAUCUCUUGGUGACAGGGAACAAUGCGUGCCUGGUUGAAGAAUUUAAGAAGGAAAUGAUGCAAGUUUUUCAAAUGACAGACCUUGGGCUAAUGACAUACUUUCUGGGAAUGGAAAUCAAGCAAGGUUCUCAUGCAAUUUUUAUCUGCCAGAAGAAGUAUGCAAGGGAAAUACUUAAAAAAUUCGGCAUGGAGAACUGCAAGGCAACAAGUACACCUAUGAAUCCGAAGGAAAAGUUAAGCAAAGAGGAUGGAACUGAUAAAGUUGAUGAAGGAAAUUUCAGAAGCUUGAUUGUGUGCUUGAUGUAUCUCACUGCUACAAGGCCGGAUAUUCUAUUUGCUGUAAGUCUUUUGUCUAGAUUUAUGCAUUGUGCUACUGAAAUGCAUUUGAGAGCAGCAAAAAGAAUUAUACGAUACAUUAAAGGUACUAUCGACUAUGGUGUCAAAUUCAAGAAGUGUCAGAAUCUCAAGUUGUAUGGAUUCUCGGACAGUGAUUGGGCUGGAUCCUUUGACGAUAUAAAGAGUACAUCUGGAUAUUGCUUCAGCCUAGGAUCAGGGAUUUUUUCUUGGUGUUCCAAGAAGCAAGAAACGGUGGCACAAUCCACUGCAGAGGCUGAAUUCAUUGCAACAACAACGGCAGUAAAUCAAGCCUUAUGGCUGAGAAAAUUAAUGUGUGAUUUGCAUAUGGAUCAAAGAGAUAAUACAAAGAUUCAUGUUGAUAAUCAAGCUGCAAUAGCUAUUUCACAUAAUCCAGUGUUCCAUGGGAAGACUAAACACUUCAACAUUAAGCUUUUUUUCUUGAGGGAUGUGCAGAAAAAUGGAGAAGUGAUUCUUGUUUACUGCAAAUCUGAAGACCAGCUAGCAGAUGUGUUUACGAAAUCUCUUCCUGUCAGCAAGUUCGAGUUCCUGAGGCAACGACUUGGAAUUCGCAGCUCCUAA